GGCUGCUUCAGAUGUAGAUUACAGCUUCUACUGCAGUGUGUCUGUGUGUAUGCGUAUUUGUGUGUGGGUGAUUUAAUGCCAUGGAGUGGAACAACUAAUGGCAUUACCUGAAAAAGGUUACAGGGAGAAAGAGAAGGACACUGCUUUUUUUUUCUUCCUUUUUUUUAUUUUUUUUGUUUUGCAUUUUGCUUCUUUUUGAAGAAGUGUGUGCCAAAUGAACCAAGAGAGAAGGAAAGUCAUGCAGUGUGCCUUAGCAUUGUUCCAGCUCCUCUAGACCUGAACAAACUUCAAUUUAAACAGCGACCUUUCGAUAUUUUUUGUGAAGCUUUAGAGAAGAGCGCAAACUGACAAACGCUGGAUGUUUUAGGGAAAAUAAAAAAAAAAAACAAAAAAAAAAAAACAACAAAAAAACUUGAACGAAUAACUACCAUCCAUUUAAAAAAAAUAAUUUGUGAUUUCACAUUUUAUACAAGGGGAUCUAGAAAAUCACUAUAUGUUUGUACUGUUCAUAAAAUAGUACAGUCUGGCACAGCUUUAGCAUGAUAAUAACUUGCUAUUGAUGGACUCAUUCAUUUUAUCAUUGGAGAUGUUUCUGACAACAGUUUAUAUGUACUACAGGAGAAGGUCAAAGUGAUUUUAAGUUUUUACAAGGAGAUUUUUAAUUGCUGGUAGAUGCAGUGGGUUCUGCCUAGAAAAGAAAAAAAAAACGGAUUCAUGAGGAGAAAAAAUAUCAAGAACAACCGCGGUUUGUGAAAAACAGGUUUUACGGUUCGAAGUGGGACUGAUUGAAGUAGCCAAGUGCUGGGACGCUGCACCAAGGCCUGUCUGACAGGGUGGUCUGUUAUUACAAUUAGCUGGAUGUUUUGAUAGACAAUAGCAGGCAUGCUGUGCGGAUUGAGAAGGGAACUGCAGUCAGAAUUUGAUGAUGGCCCAUACUCCAAGGGGAGCAAGAACCCUGCAGGGGCAGAGAAUUCCCUCACUACAAGAAGGCAGAGUAUACCAGAGGAGUUUAGGGGCGUUACGAUAGUGGAACUAAUAAAGAAAGAAGGCAGUACUCUGGGGUUGACCAUCUCUGGAGGAACAGAUAAAGACGGGAAACCAAGAGUGUCGAACUUGAGAUCCGGGGGUCUGGCUGCAAGAAGCGACCAGCUAAAUGUGGGUGACUACAUCAAAUCGGUCAAUGGGAUAAACUUGACCAAGCUGCGACAUGAUGAAAUCAUCAGCCUCUUAAAGAAUGUGGGCGAGCGUGUGGUCCUGGAAGUGGAGUAUGAGCUGCCCCCUGCUGCUCCUGAUAGCAGCUCAGGUGUUAUUUCGAAGACAAUCGAGAUCUGUCUGUAUAAGGAAGGCAACAGCUUUGGCUUUGUGUUGAGAGGGGGAGCUCACGAAGACUGGCACAAAUCACGGCCAGUGGUGGUGACCUAUGUGAGACCUGGUGGCCCAGCAGACAGGGAAGGGACCCUGAAAGCCAGUGACCGUCUCCUGAGUGUAGAUGGGAUACCCCUGCACAGUGUGGCACAUGCCGAUGCCCUCAAUACACUGAACCAAUGUGGCCAAGAGGCCCUCUUCCAAAUCGAGUAUGACGUUUCCAUCGUGGAUUCCGUAACAAACGCAUCAGGCCCUCUUUUGGUGGAGAUUGCGAAACCUCCAGGGUCGAAUCUGGGGAUCACCUUGACAACAGGGUUGCAUCGGAACAAACAAGUGAUAGUCAUUGAGAAGAUCAAAGCAGCAAGCGUGGUCGACAGAUGCGGUGCGUUGCACGUCGGGGAUCACAUCCUGUCUAUCGAUGGCACUGGUACUGAACACUGCUCAGUCCUGGAGGCCACUCAGCUGUUAGCCAGCACCUCUGAGAAUGUUAAACUCGAGAUCCUGUCUGCACACCACAGCCGACUGCCACUGAAACCCCAGGAAACAGUAAAAGUACAGAAGAGUGACCACCAUCAUUGCUGGGACCCCUGUGUCAAUUAUUGUCAUACUCAGCACCCAGGACACUGCAAGACCCCCACCUGGACCUCCUCUAACCCACCCACCAACCAGGACUACUGCAAAUCUCUGGUGUCUACCAACUUUUCUCCGGGCUCCAUGAGCACUGCAGGAUUCUUCAGUCAGAACUCAAGCACUCUGCCACGCAACUCUCAGCCCGUGAGUCCUCGUAACACCAUGAUGAAGAGGAGGCAGAAGAAGAAGGAGCACAAGAGCUCAUUGUCUCUGGCCUCCAGCUCGGUGGGCCCAGGAGGUCAGAUCAUUCACACAGAGACUGGCGAGGUGAUCCUGAGGGGGGACCCCCUAAAUGGCUUCGGCAUCCAGCUUCAGGGGGGAAUCUUUGCCACGGAAACCCUCUCCUCACCGCCGAUCCUCCGCUUCAUUGAGCCUGACAGCUCAGCCGAGAGGUGUGGUUUACUGCAGGUAGGAGACAGACUACUGUCCAUCAAUAACAUACCAACAGAGGACGGAACUCUGGAAGAAGCUAACCAGCUCUUAAGAGAUGCUGCGCUCGCCAACAAAGUCACCUUGGAAGUAGAGUUUGAUGUUGCAGAAUCUGUUGUACCCAGCAGCGGCACAUUCCAUGUUAAACUACCCAAGAAGAAAGGAGUGGAGCUGGGAAUUACAAUCAGUGCAAGCAGAAAGCCAGGAGAGCCCCUGAUAAUCUCAGAUAUUAAGAAAGGCAGCAUUGCACACAGAACUGGCACCCUGGAGCCCGGAGACAAGCUGCUGGCCAUCGACAACAUCCGGCUGGAGAACUGCUCCAUGGAGGAUGCAGUGCAGAUCCUGCAGCAGUGCGAGGACCUGGUCAAACUGAAGAUACGCAAGGAUGAAGACAACUCCGAUGAACAGGAAAUGACUGGCUCUAUAAUCUACACUGUGGAGCUGAAGAGGUAUGGCGGUCCAUUGGGAAUCACCAUCUCGGGCACUGAAGAACCCUUUGACCCCAUUGUCAUCUCCGGCCUCACCAAAAGAGGGCUAGCAGAGAGGACUGGUGCUAUUCAUGUGGGGGACAGGAUCUUAGCCAUUAAUAACGUGAGCCUGAAGGGGAAACCACUGAGCGAAGCCAUUCACCUCCUCCAGAUGGCAGGAGAGACUGUCACCCUGAAGAUAAAGAAGCAAGUGGACAGACCAAAUUCCCAAAAGAAACUAGGAGCCAUGAAUGACGUGAGCGAUCCCGAAGACGAGCUGACAGACUCCCAGAAGACGUGCAAACUCUCGGAGAUCUACUCCACCACCAUUCCCAGCGUAGACAGUGCCAUGGAGUCUUGGGACGGCUCUGGAUUCGAUGCAGGAUACGGAAGUCAGGGUACAUACAUCCACCAGGCAGCAGGGAUCACGCUGCAUCCCCACGAAUGGAGGAACACCAAACAGCGGAAUAGCACCCCUCCCGCCAACCUCCGGAAGAACUACCCCUACACUGACGGGGGCUUUAGCGAGGAUGACUGGGACAAGCCCACAGGAUAUGUCAGCCACCACCAACACAACCCCCACGACGGACUAAACCUGGAACACGAGGACAGUUUUUGGUGCCAAGCUUUGGAAGAUUUAGAAACUUGUGGGCAGUCUGAGCUCCUAAGGGAGAUUGAGGCACUGAUAAUGAGUGGAAGCACACUCAGUUUGGACGUUGACGGGAACAAGUUGCAUGUAGAUUCUGUCAGCCAAACUGGGUUAAGCCCUCGGAGGAAAGGAGCGAUCCUUCUCCACGCUGACGAAAAGAGGAAGAGCAAGAGUUCGGGGAGUGGGGCCGAGAAGAGCUGGGAGACGCAGAGGAUCAAAGACGAAAUGCAGGAGAUCAUGUCACCAACGCCGCUAGAACUGCAUAAGGUCACUGUCGUGAAGGAGAGCGAUAGCGAUGACUUUGGCUUCAGCGUCUCAGACGGGUUUCUAGAGAAGGGGGUUUACGUGAACAUGAUCCGCCCAGACGGGCCGGCCAACCGUGGGGGUCUGAAACCCUACGACAGGAUCCUGCAGGUGAAUCACGUACGCACCAGAGACUUUGACUGUUGCCUGGCGGUGCCCCUGAUCACAGAGGCAGGAGAUAAGCUUGAGCUGGUGAUCAGCCGCAACCCCCUGGCACUGUCUGCACGCUCUCAGAACAACAACCGCGAGGAACUGCAGGGCAAGCUUCCGGCCAGGGCACUGUCUGCACACGCUCAGACCGGGGACAGUGAAGAGGUCAAGCUUCUGGGGACAAGGGAAAGCCCAACGAGCACAAUGGAUUUAUAAUAGGGUUCAGGACAGUACUUCAUGUCCCAACGCUGACACAAACCUGUUUAAUUCACAGUAUUUGAAAUGUCGUAGUCACACAAGGAUGUUCUUUUUGUUGUGUUUUUUUUUGUGUUUAUUUUUUUAUUUUAUUUUUUUCAACUACUUGAUGUGAAGCACAUACGCAUGAAGAGAAAUAUUUGAAGAGCAAAAACACUUUGUAGGCAGUUGUUGGGAUAAAGGCUGGCUGAGUCUUUUAAGGAUAUUUAUUUUUGGCUGAUUUUUUAAGUAGCUGAAAGAUGUACUCCGAUGUAUAACGAACAGUCAGCAAACAGAAACUUCAUCCCAAAUGUCUUUUGUAUCAUCUCCAUACUGAAAAUGUCAUACAGCCUGCCCCCAACACAAGCCCUCUCAAUAGAAUCAGAACCAUUCUUUUCAUGUACACAGAGAUGAGCUGAUCAUUUAUUAAUUGCCAGACCUUGCAGAAAUGUUUUCCACCACAAGAGAAGAUCCCAGGCCAUUUCUUUAUGGAGUCCGGCAUCCUUACUGUAUAACAGCUAUUUCAUAAUUUCAGUUUCAGCUUCAGGCAGUAUUUAUCUGCGGAUAAGGGGUCAAAUUGCUUUUUCCUUUCACGGUUUGUCACCUGGGAUUUGUAAAGCUCAGAGGCAGGGGAAUUGUUUAAUAAAGAGAGGAUAGAAAUUAAUAGUAGUUUUCCUAUUUGGCCCUGUGCAAAACUACACUUUAAUCCAGUUUUCAUUGGAACACCUUAUCGCACAACAACAAUUAUUUGGUUUUAAAGCUCUUUCUUUUUGGUGCCACAAAUAGUAAUUUUUGUAUUUAUCCACAGAACAUGUUUGUACUUGAUUUUGUUUUUCUAGAAUAGGCACAAGUUUAAUAUUUUUAAUUUAUUAUUGGUAUUUACCACCGCUUCAGUUUUAUAAUGCACUUUCUCACUGUCUCUAACAAUUAAAUCUUCUUACUGUCUUUUGUGCCAAGAUUGACCUUUUUAAAAGGACAAUAACCAAGACAUAUUUAUUACGAGACUUAUUUUCCGUUGGAUUGCAAUGAAGCCUGUUUAUCCUGACGCCUAACUGCACUCGCUUCAUGUGUCACGGGUGUAAAUGCCCCACCUGAACCUCACUCUUUCAGUCAAGGAUGUGUGGUACCUACUGCACAAUAAAAUAAUGUCUGUGAUGGCAGCUGAAAUGGCCAACCUAAAUGUUUUGUAGUAAAAUAAGUUACUGUGCUAGUGAGAGGGGAGUUAUUUAAGGUUUGGCUAUUAUCCCUUUUUAAGUUUUUGUGUACUGUUUAAUAUAGUGGGGAUCCCUUGCUUCAUGCUGUUCAAUUCUCUGUCUUUGUGUUUUCAUGGUGCUGUAUAUUCAAGUAUUUGUUUUUUGUAAUUGCACUGCUCUUGUACAUCACACAUACCUCAGUUUUCACAAUUCAUAUUACUAUAUACAGUACCCUUUUUUAACUUAAAAUUCAGUUAGAUCACAAAUGCACAUUUUAAUUUA